AUGACGUCAAUUGGUACGGGCUACGACCUUUCCAACUCGGUUUUUUCACCCGAUGGCCGGAAUUUCCAGGUUGAAUACGCCGUGAAAGCAGUCGAGAACGGAGGCACAGCUGUCGGCAUUCGGUGCAAGGAUGGUGUGGUUUUGGCAGUGGAGAAGAUCAUCACUAGCAAGCUCUUGAAGCCCGGUGCCAAUAAGAGAAUUGCAACGGUGGAUCGUCAUGUCGGCAUUGUUUCCGCCGGACUCGUCCCAGACGGCCGCCAUUUUGUUUCCAGAGCUCGAGACGAAGCCUCCUCAUGGAGGGGCGUGUACAAGGCCCCCAUACCAACCAACGCACUCGCGAACCGCCUCGGUGGCUAUGUACAGGCCUACACACUCUACUCAAGUGUACGACCAUUCGGUGUCACCGCAAUAGUCGGUGGAUGGGAUAGCGAAGCGGAACUAGCAGUCGAUGGUCAAGUCGGCCAGGGACCGAACUCGGGCGCCGGCGGCAAGGUCGAAGGUGCCGAGGCUGGUGGACCGGGUCUAUACAUGAUUGAACCUAGCGGUCUUUACUGGGGGUAUUAUGGUGCUGCCACCGGCAAGGGACGACAGGCGGCUAAGGCGGAACUGGAGAAGUUAGAUCUAAGCUCUGGUAACCUGUCUUUGGCCGAUGGUGUCAAGGAAGCCGCCCGCAUUAUCUACGUCGCUCACGAGGAUAGCAAGGACAAGGAGUUUGAGCUGGAGAUGUCAUGGAUUAGCUCGCUUGACGGGCCGACCAAGGGACGCCAUGAGGAGGUGCCCAAGGAACUGCGCGAAGAAGCCGAGAAGGCCGCCAAGAGGGCCUUGGAAGGUGAUGAUGAUGAAGAGGAAGAGAAGGGUCAAGCGAUGGAAGAGUGA